UGUCGCCAGUUCUUUGCCAAUCAAUUCACGGGUCGUGUUUGUUUUAAGUUAAAAUAGGUGGAUAAAUAGCAAUAAUAAAUUAGUAACAGCAUAAAGCGAAUGUGUGCAACUAUCAAGGCAACUUCUAGCGGCAGCAUAAGAUAAAUAUAUUGGAUAUGCCACAAAAUAUAAAGCAAAAUUUUACGCAAAUUUCGGUUGUUCGGCGCUGAGAUUGGAGGGGUUUGUACCUAAGCGAACACAUCAAAUGUAUGCGGCUACAUGCGACGAAAUGAGUGUUUAGCAUCAGCGUAGCAACAACAACGACAACAACCAUCAAUAACAACGAAGCAACAACUGCAACAAGAGCAAGAACAAGAACAGAAACACACACACACACACACUCACGCACACGCACACUAACAGUUUGCUACUCGGAGGAAAGACGUAAAGUUCAUUGAAGUUUUUGGAGGUGGACGCAAGCACCAACUGUUGUUUGACCAGCAAAAGGAGCAGGAGCAGGAGCAGGAGGAGAACACCCGGGAACAUCAGUAGCAACAGCAGCCGCCGUGGUGCAGCUCAUCAAUAUUCCAAAAAGCAAUUGAGCCAGGCGGGCACAGGCAUUAAUUCAUCAAUUAUUCAAAAUGACCGAAGACGAAAUUCUCUUUGACGAUGUUUACGAACUGUGCGAGGUCAUUGGCAAAGGACCCUUCUCCAUUGUGCGCCGCUGCAUACAUAGAGAGUCCAAUCAGCAGUUUGCUGUCAAAAUUGUUGAUGUGGCCAAGUUUACGGCAAGCCCAGGACUGAGCACAGCUGAUCUGAAACGCGAAGCCACAAUAUGUCACAUGCUGAAGCAUCCGCACAUAGUCGAGCUGCUGGAAACCUACAGUUCCGAGGGCAUGCUCUACAUGGUGUUUGAGUUCAUGGAGGGCUCCGACUUGUGCUUUGAGGUUGUGCGGCGCGCUGUGGCGGGCUUCGUCUACAGCGAGGCGGUGGCUUGUCAUUAUAUGCGCCAGAUAUUGGAGGCGUUACGAUAUUGCCAUGAGAACGAUAUACUACAUAGAGAUGUGAGACCCGCUUGUGCACUUUUGGCGACAGUGGAUAACUCGGCGCCAGUGAAGCUGGGUGGCUUCGGCUCGGCGAUACAGUUGCCGGGCACACGGGAAACCAUAGAAACACAUGGACGCGUCGGCUGUCCGCACUAUAUGGCGCCAGAGGUGGUCACAAGGCGUCUGUAUGGCAAGGGCUGCGAUGUUUGGGGUGCUGGUGUAAUGCUGCACGUUCUGCUCUCGGGCAGGCUGCCGUUUUUGGGCUCUGGUGUUCGACUGCAGCAGUCGAUAGCACGCGGAAGGUUAUCGUUUGAGGCACCAGAGUGGAAAUCUAUUUCGGCCAAUGCAAAGGAUCUAGUCAUGAAAAUGCUCGCUGCAAAUCCACAUCACAGACUAUCUAUAACCGAGGUGCUAGAGCAUCCCUGGAUACGUGAUCGCGACAAAUUACAGCGCACGCAUCUGGCGGAGACAGUUGAGGAAUUGAAGCGCUAUAAUGCGCGACGCAAGCUUAAAGGCGCUGUCCAGGCCAUUGCUGGGGGCACUAACAUGGAUCCACUGUAUUCAACGGAUGCGGAUAUGCCCAUUGCUGGUGCUCCGGAUGAGUGGGCAGACGAAGAGGCGGGGAUUGAGGCGGUUCAGCGUAUAUUGGACUGCCUGGAUGACAUAUAUUCACUGCAGGACGCGCAUGUGGAUGCGGAUGUGUUACGCGAUAUGCUACGAGAUGUUCGCCUACAGCAGUUUCUCCAGCUUUUCGAUCGCAUCAGCUCCACGGUCAUCACGACAAAUGGCCGGGCGCCUAGCGCCGAGGCUGUUGCGCGCAGUCGCGAUGUCCUGGAGCAGUUGUCUUCGGUUGGCGUCAGUGCUGGCAAUAAGUAUGCCAAGGAUGAGCUGAUGCAGCUGCUCGCAUCGCCGCAUAUGCAGGCUUUGCUGCAUACCCACGAUGUUGUUGCCCGGGACGUGUACGGCGAGGAGGCGCUGCGCGUCACUCCACCGCCAAUGGUGCCCUUCCUCAAUGGCGACGAGCUGGACAACGUUGAGGGCGGCGAACUGCAGCAUGUGACACGCGUACGCCUGGUGCAGUUCCAAAAGAACACCGACGAGCCCAUGGGCAUCACGCUUAAAAUGACAGAGGACGGACGCUGCAUUGUGGCGCGCAUCAUGCACGGCGGCAUGAUACACAGACAGGCCACACUGCACGUGGGCGACGAGAUACGAGAGAUCAACGGUCAGCCGGUGCAGCAUCAGUCAGUGGGUCAAUUGCAACGAAUGCUGCGCGAGGCACGCGGUUCGGUUACCUUUAAAAUAGUUCCUUCUUACCGUAGCGCACCACCACCCUGUGAGCUUUUCAGGAUAAGACCUGCUCCAGUGCUUAUUUUCGUUCGUGCACAGUUCGAUUAUAAUCCGCUGGAUGAUGAGCUUAUACCGUGUGCCCAGGCAGGCAUUGCAUUCCAAGUAGGCGACAUACUGCAGAUCAUCAGCAAGGACGAUCAUCAUUGGUGGCAGGCGAGAAUUGAUACGGUGGGCGGUUCGGCGGGUCUGAUACCAUCACCAGAGCUACAGGAAUGGCGCAUUGCUUGUCAGACCGUUGAUAAGACCAAGCAGGAGCAGGGAGAGCCGGGUGCUGGAUGUUCCGCUCACGCAGAUGGGUGUGAUGGAUCAGCAGUGAACUGUUCCAUAUUCGGGCGCAAGAAGAAGCAAUGUCGAGACAAGUACUUGGCCAAACACAACGCCAUAUUCGAUACGCUCGAUGUGGUCACAUACGAAGAGGUUGUCAAAGUGCCAGUUGGUGAUCCGAACUUUCAGCGCAAGACUUUGGUGCUAUUAGGCGCACAUGGCGUGGGUAGGCGGCAUAUUAAAAAUACAUUAAUAUCAAAGUAUCCCGACAAGUACGCUUAUCCCAUACCACAUACAACGAGACCUGCUAAGCCCGAGGAGGAAAACGGACGCAGCUAUUACUUUGUUUCACAUGACGAAAUGAUGGCCGACAUUGGUGCCAACGAGUACUUAGAAUAUGGCACUCAUGAGGACGCCAUGUAUGGCACCAAGUUGGACACCAUUCGACGCAUACAUACCGAAGGCAAAAUGGCCAUACUAGACGUGGAGCCGCAGGCGCUUAAAAUACUUCGCACUGCUGAGUUCACGCCAUAUGUGGUGUUUAUUGCGGCACCGUCGCUGCAGAACAUUGCAGAUUACGAUGGUAGCUUAGAGCGUUUGGCUAAGGAAUCGGAUAUGCUGCGUCAACUGUAUGGGCAUUUCUUUGACUUGACCAUUGUGAACAACGACAUUAGCGAGACGAUUGCUACGCUGGAAUCGGCCAUUGAUCGGGUGCACACUACACCCCAAUGGGUGCCCGUGUCUUGGCUCUACUGACAAGACAGUGAGCUGGAAUGUCCCGACUGUCUCGAUGGCUGCGAUUGUGAGUGGGAUGCAUACACACAGGCGUCCAACGUGGCGCUAUACUGAGGACAAAUACAGAUACCAUUAAAGUAUUAAAAGGCACAAAUGCAACACAACAAACAUACAUCUACACACACUCACACAUAAUGAAGGCGACAGACGCCUGGCGUCCGCUAACAUUACACACAAAUAUAUA